UUUUUGUUAAUAUUCGUGACUUUAAUAAACAAUAGCAAUGGGCAAGAGACGCGGUACGCCCGGCGACCAAAAAGAAAAUUCCGGGAGUAGCGACGAGGACCAAAAAAUGGACGAAAAGAAUGCGCCUAACCUCAAGAAAAGCAAGCAAAGGGAAUCACGGUACAGUUCGAGUUCAUCUUCCAGCAGCAGGAGUAGCAGCAACAACGACUUAUCGAACUCCUCGGCGGGCAAAAAGCAGAAGCGCAGUAAAAAAAAGAAUCGCAACACAGAAGGCGCUGAAGAAAUACAGGAAAAGCGGACCAGAAAUUUAGAAAAGCAGUCUGAGGAAACCAGCCAGAAGGUGCAAGAGCAACGCUCGAAGUGGGACAGUCCCGACCGUGGCAACGGCGGCCAACGUCACAAUUCCCAUAGAAACACAAAACAACGCAGACACAGUCGUAGCUACUCGCGAGAACGGGAAAGGGAGCGCGAGACAGAAAAAGAACGCCACCGAGACAGCGACCGGGACAAUCCUACACGCCGCGAUCGCAGUCGACGGGAACAAAGACAGCGUUCACCUGUGCAACGACAACGAGCACGCAGCAAUGAACGGAAGGAGCGACCGCGGCGUUCCCCCGAAAGGCGUCCAGAGCGGCGCAGUCGUAGCCGCAGUCCCCGCGAUCGACCAAACAGAGACGGACGCGACUUUGGGCGUCGUAAACAACAGCGCCGCGACAAUCGUAGCAGAGGAGACGACGAACACUUCGAGUGGGGCAGGAAGGGCGAUGACAAGGCGCCGCCGGAUGAAGAGCCUGUCGAAAAGGAGAAGCCCAACUUCGGGCUAAGCGGAGCCCUCACCGAGGACACUAACAAAGUUAAUGGAGUUGUUGUCAAAUACUCGGAGCCGGUCGAGGCUCGCAAGCCGAAGCGUCGCUGGCGCCUGUACCCGUUCAAGGGCGAAACAGCACUGCCUACUCUACACAUACAUCGCCAAAGCUGUUUCCUCGUGGGCCGCGACCGCAAGGUGGUCGACCUGGCGGUAGAUCAUCCAAGCUGCUCCAAGCAGCAUGCCGCCCUGCAAUACCGGCUCGUGCCCUUUGAGCGCGAUGACGGCAGCCAGGGAAAGCGUGUGCGUCUCUACCUCAUCGACCUGGAAUCGGCCAACGGAACGUUCCUGAACAACAAGAAAGUCGAUGGCCGCAAGUACUACGAACUGAUGGAGAAGGAUGUCAUCAAGUUUGGCUUUAGCUCGCGCGAGUACGUUCUGCUUCACGAAAAUAGCAAAGAGGACCAGGAGGAUGAUGACGUGCAUAUCAAGGAAGAGCGUGUGGAUGUACCAGCCGAGGAAGUAAAUGCCUAGAGCAGGCUGUGCGCAGCCGGGCUCCUGUCUCGCCUUUGCAAUCGUCGGGGGGCGGGGCAGUAACACGGCAUGUGUUUCAUUUGACCCUUUCUUUAUGUACAAUUUUUAUUUACCGCACCUUGGCUGAGAUCAGUAUACAUUUACAUAAAAUGGUUUUGCGUGCCCACUGCCAACAUACUCGUAAAUAAAAUUCCAAACAAAAA